GGGAAGUAAAACUAAGGUGCAGAGCUCACCGCCUGGUCACUUCAACUUAGAAUUUAUCCAGACAACAACUGUUCAGUGUAUUUGAAGAAUAUCACUCAGAGGUGAAAUAUUCAUACUGCCCGACGUAAUUCAAAAAAUACCUUUAGCCGUAUCUAUCAUGAGUUUAGUGAGCGCCUAUCCGUCGGCCUAUGUCAGCAGCGCUGUAGACAUCAACAGCUCCGUUACAUCCGUCGGGGCGUCAAACAGCAGCUUUUACAGCCAUCCUCAUCAUCAUCAAACGCCGUCGGCAGGUGACUACACUGCUGGACAGCAACAGAGUUUGUUCACCACCACAAGUUGGACUUGGAACGGUUGUAACGCACCAUCCGUCGAAUUCCAGCAGCCAGUUUCGAUUACUCAGCAACAACACUCGCCCCCGUUAAGCUGUUACUCCUCAUCAGCCCCAAGUCCCGACUACUACGGCUACCAACAAUCACAACAACAGCAUCUACAUCAUUCGUAUGAAACGGUGGUGUCUUCGGCUGACUAUCACGCGCUCCACCAUCCAUCGAAUAUCCCGGCACCACGCGUCAUCCGUGUGGUUAAGCGUCGUAAUACGGCCAAUAAAAAGGAACGCCGACGGACUAUGUCUAUCAACAACGCAUUUAGCGAAUUGCGUGAUUGCAUACCGAACGUGCCGGCCGACACGAAACUUUCAAAGAUCAAAACCCUUCGUUUAGCCACCUCGUAUAUUUCAUAUUUGAUGGCAGUCUUAGAAGCCGGCCCAGAAACCGACAUUCCAUUCCGAGCUGAGCUAGGAAGGCAAAGUAAAAGUGAAAAAGCAGCAGCCCAACAGCAACAACAGCUUCAACAACAACAUCAACAACAGCAAUUUCAUAAUGUCAACAGCCACCAAAGAGAACAGCCAAAGGAGGAGGAGCCCAACAUGAACGUCACAAUGGCCUGCCCAUCUUCCGGAGAUAAACGAAGCAAAGGACGGACCGGAUGGCCUCAUCAUGUCUGGGCCCUUGAGUUAAAACAAUAAAGAAUAGACUGAAUAGCCGAUCGUAUUUUGCGUCGACGUGGAAUUAAGUUCACCUCCCAGUAUUGAUGAUUCGGUGUAUUAUAUUCUUAUGCUGCGAAUCAUGAUUUUUUAUAGCCUUUCGUAUAUUUUAGUGUUUAAGAAAAGUUUAAGAUAAAACAGAAAUAAGUGAUUAUUAUAUGUCUUUUAGAUUGGCCGUCUUAGUGUAUUUGAGAUGCAUUGUUUAUAUGCAUUUUGUGUAAAUGUGUGAUGUAAGAACGAAUAAAUCAAGAUUUAAAUCUAAA